AAUUAUUAUACACUCAAACAUUCAUCUCCAAUUCGAAGCGGACCGGCAGAUUUCGGCAAUGGGAAAUGUUCAGUUGGCAUACCUUGACUCGGCGUUUACGGCAUUGUUGGCAGGCUCUGCUGCGCUGAGUUAUCGGCAUGACACACGACACGGAUACAGCGAUUGCAGAUGCGGUUGCGGUUGCGACCGCACGAGGUUACUCCAAGAAGUGGAAAAGGGAAAUACUCGCGACGAAGGAAAAGGCCCAUGGCCAGCAAAUGCUAGGAGUCUAGGACUAUAACGACGAGGAAAUAAUGGUCUGGGACUCUGGGGGUGGCAGUGCGCACGCACCUCCAAGGGGCAGCUUGGCCGUGGGAUGAAGGAAGAAAGACAAAGACGGA